AUGAAUAUCGGGAUCUUACCAUUCACUCGUGGUGGCAAAUUACCAUACUGGUUGCUAUUUAUCUCCAUCGUGUCCAUUUUUAACUCAUUACAAACCUAUCAAAAGGAUUUGACCUUAACUAAGCGAGUAUACAAUGCCAAACCACAACAAGUGACAAACUUGUCAGCAAGAACUUUUGGAACUUGGACUUUGAUCACUUCUAUAGUGAGAUUGUAUGGGGCUUACUAUAUUACCAACCCACAAGUUUAUCAAUUGACUCAAUUUACCUUUGGCGUGGCUGCAUUCCAUUUUUUGAGUGAAUGGCUAAUCUUCAGAACCACUCUGUUGGGUAAAGGUUUGGCAGGACCUUUAGUUGUGAGUAGUUUGAGUUUAGCUUGGAUGUGGUUGUACAAGGAUUACUAUGUGUUUUAA